CUGGCAGUGUGGUCAUUGUCAUUCUGUUACUUCGCUUGAAGAAACCAUAAUGAAUAAACUCGUCGCUUUAAACUCAGCUGAUGGAGAAACUGUUGACGCCAUAGUGGAUAAAUGCUACAUCUGCCUUUGUCCAUUUGAGAAGCAAACGGUGGGCUCAUUGGAUCAAUGCCCUCACUUUUUUUGUUUUCAGUGCAUCUACCAGUGGUCUCAGACAGCCAACACAUGCCCUGUAGAUCGGAUCAGCUUUGCUUUUAUCCACCAGCGACGGUGUCCUGGAGGGGACAUUCAGAAGAAGUUAAAAGUGAUGCCACGCAGAAAUGAUGAUGAGACUGAAGAGGACUGGAGAAACAUAGUAAUUUGCGAGGAAUGUGGGCGCAGCGGCCGCACAGACCGACUGCUGGUUUGCAGACUCUGUGACUCUGGGUAUCACAUGGACUGCUUAACGCCGCCUUUAGACAUAGUCCCUGAAAGAGACUGGAUGUGCCCCGAGUGUGUGAUCACUUCUAAGAACACAGAGAGCUUUAUGGCAGAGGAGGAAGACAUCAGUGAUGGAGAAGUCACAGACCUCCUUGCUGACAUGGACCAACCUCCGUCUACAAGUAGUCGCCUCCGGGCAUCCACUGUGAAUCGUUCUAGCAACGUCACAGAAAGACGGUGGAGCGUGAGGCUCCAGAGCAGAGGAGAAAGCACCAGUCUGUAUCGACGCCCGGAAACCUCAUGGCAUGUUCCUAAGUACCUUAUAUGUGCAUCAAAGCCUCCAGUAACAACUGAAGGACCUGAAAAUCUUCAAGGUGUCAGUACGACUUCAGACAAAAAGAAAAAGAAAAGAAGAAAGACUGUAGCUUGAAGAACCAACAAGGGAAGGAGGUUUUUCAACAUUCAGUGCCUGAGAAGACUUACCUUGUACCCAGAAAUGGUACCAGCAUAGGUGGCCACAAGAUGGCAGCAUUGCGUCAAGAUGUUAAAAAGACUGAACCUGAAUGAACCUUUUUGUUUAGUUUUAAUACAUUUGUUAAAUCUGCAGCUUUACUUUUUUUUCAACUUUUCAUUCUUGUUUUUUUUUUUGUGUUUUAUUUAAUGCUAUUAAUAGACUUAUCAACACUCAUCCUAGUAUAGUCUUCAACUUUACCCCUCAAUUGGUGCCUUUUUUGCUUUUGCUCUAAAAUUUAUAAAAAUAUUUUGACAAAACAAAACAUCAUCAGACUAUUAUCAGAUCCAGUUUAAAUAUUUGUGUUUUAAACUUUGUGACUUUUAAGACUACAAAAGAGAAGAGGACUUGUACACUAUUGGUCAAUUAUGAUUGAUGGAAGAGAUGGUUUGAUCUUCCUCCUUAGCCCUCUGCUACUGGAUCCACAAUAAUGAAUUCUUGUUUUCAACUUCUGUGGGGUAAUUUUAACCAAUUACCCCCAGAAACCACCUGUUAGUUAAUAGUCAAUUUGCAAACAGUUUGAUCUCAAACAUUUGGCAAGGCAUUGAAUGAACAGUGAAGGGCCUGAUACUCAGCCACGUGAAUUUUAAGAUGCAGUAAAGCCCCUGUGGCAUAGAUAUCAGAUCCCUAAGGUUGUGGGGAGUCAUCAGACUCCAAUAUCAAGCAAGCCCUGUGAUCUUCCUUCGUCUCAUUGCCUAGCAACGCUCGUCUCUGUGUUUGCCCAUAAUCUCCUGGAGACAUGCUCACAUCUCCUUUGAACUUAAAUCUGACCAAUGAAGUCCUCAAAGUAUCAUUUGAUGAAUAAAUCAACUGCACAUCAAGUGGUUAGCAAAAAAAAUGUCUUGCGAGGUAAAAAAUAAAUUAGAGAAAAUCUUGUGAUGAUAAUAAUAUUGGUGAAAUUAUUCAAACUCUGAUGUAGCUUUGUUCAUGUGGACGGCAUGUGUGUGUCUGUUUUGUUUUAGGAGAUGGGAAGUCAACAAGCCUGUAGCUCUUCCUGCUCUACUUUCUCUCAAAAUAACAUCUGCUGGAAAAACAACUGUGGUUGACUUUCUUUGGCCAGUUUAGCAGAAAUGAAUGAAUACGAUGUGCUGGACAAAUCAUAAAGCAAGAUGUUCCAUCAUCUGAACUGAUACAGAAAAUGUCCCUCUUUUCUUAGUACUUUGAAAAAACAGACAGGAACUCCUGUCUGCUCCUCAAGCUGUUGUGAGACUAAUUUGUUUUUUUAACACCAUAGAAACAUUUGAAAAAAACACAAAUUUCUAAUUUGUAAUAUUUUAGAAGAAAUACUAUCAAACUGGUUGAGCUAUGUGAAUUCAUCCAUUAAUGCCAGGUGUCUGCAUUAAUAAAAAAAAAACAGUAAGUUGGCCUUACAUACAUUAAUUACAGGACUAUCCUGUAUAAUAUAUAAAUAAAUAAAUAUAUUUAUAUAUUUUAUUUUAUUUUUUUGGGGGGGGGUGUUGUGUGUCUUGUGGGUCAUCUAUCAUCAAUUGACUUCACCAAUUCCUGACAUUUCAGUGGAGAUACAGGCCUUAAGUUGCAUUCAUAAGCAUCUUAAACCCUUCAAUUGGGUUUCUGCAGUUGCCUGUUAUACAUAAAAAAUAAUACAAAUUUAAAUGUGUAUUGUGGAUAUUGUGCCCCACUCAAGUUAUUUUAGCAGCUUAUUGUCUGAAUAAAUUGUA